CAUGACACGACCUCCUUUUAAUAGCAGAAGUCAAAAUUUAAUGUGCACAUUGUGGGUUACACAUAUUAUACUUAUGGCUGUUAUGGUUCUCAUAUUCUAUCAACAUUCGUAUCGAAUAUAUCGACGUACUAAAAUUUGCCGAAUAAAAAAUAAGGAAGAAAAACGAAUUAAGCGAAUGCAAUGGAUAUUUAGCCUUACAAAAGAGAGUGAUGCAUUUUGUAUUAGUGAACUCCGCAUGGAUAGACGAACCUUUGAGAUAUUAUGUGAUAUGGUAAGAGACAUUGGGGGAUUAAAAGACACAAGAAAUGCGUCUGUUGAUGAAAUUGUUGCAUUUUUUAUCUAUGUUCUGGCACAUCACAAGAAAAACAGAACAAUUAGUCUACUUUUUCAUCGAAGUCAAGAGACUGUGAGCCGUCACUUCAAUCUGUGUCUUCAUGCAAUUUUGAAGCUUCACCACAUAUUACUCCAAACACCAGAACCUAUAUCCGAAAACUGUGAAGAUGACAGAUGGAAACCAUUUAAGGGUUGCUUAGGCGCGUUAGAUGGUACUUUUAUUCCAGUAACACCUCCUAAAGAAGAAAAACAACGUUAUCGUACAAGGAAAGGAGGUAUAGCGACAAAUGUGUUGGGAGUAUGUUCCCCAAAUAUGCAAUUUAUAUAUGUGUUACCUGGAUGGGAAGGUUCUGCUCACGACGGUCGUGUUCUUCGUGAUGCCAUUAGUAGGCCUACUGGGCUUAAAGUUCCUCAAGGUUGUUACUACUUGGUGGAUGCUGGUUAUUGUAAUUCUUCUGGAUUUCUUGCCCCUUAUCGUGGACAUAGGUAUCAUCUUAAUGAGUUUGAUGGUCAUCGACCCGAGACUCCGGAAGAAUAUUUUAAUAUGAAGCAUUCUCGAGCAAGAAAUGUAAUUGAGAGGUGUUUUGGUUUGUUGAAGGGGCGUUGGAAAAUUCUAGCAUCCCCUUCUUUCUUCCCAAUACAAACCCAAGUCCGUAUUAUUAUUUCCUGUUGUCUACUCCAUAAUCUGAUUCGCAAAUUUAUGAGUACAGAUCCUCAGGAAUCUAUAGAGGAUGAUGAAGAAAGCGAAGAUGAGGAAAGCGAUGAUGAUGAUGAAGUGGAAUACAUACGAACAAUUGCCCCAACUGACCAGUGGAAUGCGUUCAGAAAUAAUAUGGCAAUUGAAAUGUUUAAUAAUUGGAGAAAUGGAGUUUUUAAUAUGGGAUGACUAUUGCAUAUGUUUGUGAUUUUGUUGUAUUUUUAUUAGAACAUUUUCAAUUUGAUGUGGGAUGUUGUAUGACUCU